UACAUACUUUCCGCGCCAAAUCCCUUCCUUUUAUACAAAUACACUGAUCAGAACCAGAAUUUCUCAUUUCUAUUUGAUUUCAUUUUUCAGUUUUUGUUUUUAAUCUCUCUUUCUCUGUGUUUAUGGCGAUCGAGGUUCCAUUUGGGGAUUUAAACCCUAGAACCUGCACGGUUCUUGGAGGGCGAGGGUUUCUAGGAAGAUCGAUUGUCUUCAAGCUUCUUAAACUCGGUAACUGGAUCGUCCGAGUAGCCGAUUCUGCUCAGUCUUUGCAACUCGACUCCACUGACUCUGCCGACUCUUGUCUUAACGAUGCCAUCUCUUCUGGCCGUGCUUCUUACCACCACGUUGAUGUUCUCGAUGUCUCUGUCAUCGUCAAAGCUAUUGAAGGUUCAUCAGUUGUAUUUUAUACGGAGGCUUCUGAUUUAUGGAAUUACGAUUUCCAUUAUUGCUACAAAAUUGUUGUUCAAGGUGCUAAAAAUGUCAUCAAUGCUUGCCGACAAUGCAAAGUUCGAAAGCUUAUAUAUAACAGUUCUGCAGAUGUAAUUGUUGACGGUUCACGUGAUAUAAGCUGUGGAGAUGAGUCCUUACUAUGCCAUUGGAGAUUUCAGGAUAUGCUGAGUGACUUUAAGGCUCAGGCAGAAGCAUUAAUCCUGUUUGCUAACAACAUUGAUGGCCUCUUGACAUGUGCACUUCGUCCCAGCAAUGUCUUUGGCCCUGGGGACACACUGCUUGUGCCUUUCUUGAUCAAUUUAGCAAAAUCUGGUUUUGCAAAGAUUAUUAUAGGAAGUGGUGAAAAUAUGUCUGACUUUACUUAUGUGGAGAAUGUUGCUCAUGCGCACAUCUGUGCAGCCGAAGCUUUAGAUUCUCGGAUGAUCGCUGUGGCCGGAAAGGCAUUUUUCAUCACUAAUCUUGAGCCCAUGAAGUUUUGGGAAUUUGUAUCAAUAUUAUUAGAAGGCCUGGGGUAUCAAAGACCAUUAAUAAAACUUCCUGCCAGGAUGGUCUGGUAUAUUCUUUUGUUUGUCAAAUGGACACAUCCAAAGUUGGGUUUACAAAAAUAUAACCAUGAACUCUCAGCUUACUUCUUUCGUCUAGCUUCACACACUAGGACUUUUAGUUGCACUUCAGCUCAAAGACGUAUUGGAUACUUACCAGUUGUCUCUCUUGAUGAUGGUAUUGCAUUGACCAUUCAAUCAUACUCAAAUUUGGUCGAGGACCCAUCUUUCAUGAGAUAUAAUCUUGAAGAACAAUCAAAGGCUGAUAAGCUGCUAGGUGGCGGGAAAGUUGCGGACAUUUUGCUAUGGAGAAAUGAGAAGAAAACAUUUACGUAUUUCCUUAUAUUUGCUAUGCUGUUUUACUGGUUUUUCCUUUCUGGAAGAACUUUUGCCUCGUCUGCUGCCAAGCUUCUGCUGUUAGUCUCUACCAUCCUUUAUGGUUAUGGCAUUCUAUCAUCAAUGAUAUCCAGUUUUGCCAUUCAGAGGAUAUCCUUGUCUUGGUUUGAAAUUUCAGAAGCAGUGGUAAAAGAUUCAAUCACAUCCAUAGCAUAUCUGUGGAAUAGAGGGGUUAAGAGGAUAAGAUUAUUGGCUCAAGGAGAGGAUUGGAAUAACUUCAUCAAGGUUGCAUUCUCUCUCUAUUUUCUCAAGUUGAUUCUGUUGCAAUCUUUGACAGUGUUGGUAGGUGUAGCUCUGGUCUUUGCCUUUACGGCAUUCUUUGUUUAUGAGCAGUAUGAAUCAGAAAUUGAUGGAUUAGUAGAGAUUGUGGUUGACAGAAUAAAAGGAAAACAGAGAUUAUUGAUGAGGAAUCUUCCUGCUCCAGUUGCAUUGUUUCUACAGAACAAAGGGAUGCUGCACAAACAGAAUGGACCCAUGGCUGUGAAUAAAGGAUUAUGACACUUUACAAAUGAUCGGCUAGCUCGUUUAGGCUUCUCGAAAACGAAAAAUUACAGAGAGAGACCCCCAGCAAAAGAAAGAGAUGGGGUAUGUUAGCGUCACACAAGUUUCUGCCUUACUUUUUCAUUUUGUUUUUUGCUGUAACAUUGGUUACUAAUUUCUGAAAGUACAGGUUUAGGUGGUAAAUAUGUAACAGAGUGAAGUGUCUUAGCCAAAAUGUUGAAAUAUAAUCAGAAAUAGGUCGCCUUAGGAUACAACUCUUUCAUGGUUCUGAUUUUGAACUGGUGCGAUUUUAUAGUUUCCUUCUGCCAUUGUUGGUUAAGCUACUUGAAAAUGAUUUUCACCUCACUUUUCACUAAUCUUACAGCAUAGGUUUUCACCUUGUA